AUGUAAUAAGUUAAAUACCCAAACUUAGAAAAUAUUUAAUAUUCAUAACCAUCAUCAUCGAAUUAAGAUUUAUAAUAAUAAUUAGUAAACAAAACAAACGAAAACAUUAAAUUUAUCCCAGUUUUAAUUUCUCCAUAAGAAAAUCUUUAAGGAUAAGCAUAAUAUUAAUAAUACUCAUAAUAUUAGUAACAUUAAGUGGCUCCUUAUUAUCAAAAUUAAAAUGAUUACAUUGUGCCACUAUAAAAUACAAAUUAUUCUAAUUUAAUCAAGGACAAGGAAUUUCCUGGAUAAAAAUUAUUUUUAUGUGGAAUUUUAGGAAUCUACAUCUUAUGGUCUAUCAUAUUUGUUAUUUUAUUAUUUCCAAUUUCAAUGUUGUUUGUGGAUAAACGAAAUGGAACCUAAAAUCCAAUUUAUUUUAUUCUAUUAAUAUUGUUUUCAUUUACUACAAUUCUUUUAGCAAAGCUUGGAAUAAGAAAGAAUAAUCGAAACGUAAUUGAAAUUUAAUAUUUUAGACUUUAACAAGUAUUUUAAUAUUGUUUGGGGUUAUAUUAAGUUAUACCUGCUUUUACUCAGCCUUUUUAUCCACUUUGGCAUCAUUUUCUACAUAAUAGUUUGGAUGUAUGUUAUAAAUUUAUAAUUUUAGGGGAUUUUGUAAUUGCCAUAUUUUUAGCUGCAUCAGUUAUUGGAAACUUUAUUUUUAAUUUCAUCCUUUUAAUUUACUUAGUAUUUGCUGAAGAGAAACUCAAAAUGAUUUGUAAGUUAUCUUUUUUUUAAUUUUAUUAGAUCCUAUUCUAAUAGAGCUUAUUGGGAUCUUAAUUUUCUCAAUUAUAUAUCAUCCAAUAUUCUUGUUUUGCAUAUUGUUUAUGUUACCAUAUUCUAUUAGUUUGAUGAGUGCCUUCAGUUAAAUUAUUAAAGGAAGAGUAUUAAUUUUAAUUAAACUUUUUAGUUUCAAUUGGAAAGGAAUCAAGUAUUUGCUGGGGCAAUAGCUUCAUUUUAUAGUUAGAUUGUUUGCUGUACAGAUUGA